AAAGAUAAAAAAAGGGGAGAGGGGGAGAGAGAGAGAGGAGGAAAAAAAGUAGGGAAAAAAAAAUAGUGCGAGCGAGCACAAUCUGAUCUGAUCAAGCACUUUCAGCUUCAUCCCUCCUGGGUCACAUACUGCUUCUCCAGCAAGGUGAUCAAAGAAGAGAAACAUCUGCAACAGAGCGGAAGAAACGAGGGGAUCUCGCUUCGUAGAGAAAUUUUUCCCCCGAGAUUUUUUUUUGUUUUCCCUUUUUUUCCUCCCUUUUUAUUUUAUUAUUUUGCCCUUAUUUUUUUUAAUUUUUUUUUUUUUUGGAAUCGAUCGUUUAUCACCAUACCCCCAACUCCCUCCACACUUUUAAACCAAACCUAACCAGAAACAUCCCCGAACUCGCCGAGCACUUUUAACCCGCCCUGCACAACUCCGGCAGCGUCUCCCGCUCCCAUCUCAAGAAGCCCUCCGCGCCUUGCUGAGGACGAGGAGGAGGAGGAGGAGGAAGAGCAGCGGCAGAAGAUGGAGGUCUCCACGGACCAGCCGCGGUGGGUGAGCCACCACCACCCGGCCGUGCUCAAUGGGCAGCACCCGGACUCGCAUCACCCCUCGCUUGGCCAUACCUACAUGGACCCCACGCAGUAUCCUCUCGCCGAGGAAGUGGAUGUACUUUUUAAUAUCGACGGACAAGGCAACCCCGUCCCGCCGUAUUACGGCAACUCCGUGAGAGCCACGGUGCAGCGGUACCCCACGGCCCACCACGGGAGCCAGGUGUGCCGCCCCCCGCUGCUGCACGGCUCGCUGCCCUGGCUGGACGGGAGCAAGGCGCUGAGCAGCCACCACAGCGCUUCCCCCUGGAACCUCAGCCCCUUCUCCAAGACCUCCAUCCACCACAGCUCACCGGGACCCCUUUCCGUCUACCCACCCGCCUCCUCUUCCACUUUAUCCGCCGGCCACUCCAGCCCGCACCUUUUCACCUUCCCGCCGACCCCUCCUAAAGAUGUGUCCCCGGAUCCGUCCAUCUCCACCCCCGGCUCCACCGGCUCCACCCGGCAGGACGAGAAGGAAUGCAUCAAAUACCAGGUGUCCCUGGCCGAUACCAUGAAGCUGGAGUCCUCUCACUCUCGGAGCAGCAUGGCCUCUUUAGGAGGAGCCACCUCCUCCGCUCAUCACCCCAUCACUACCUACCCACCGUAUGUCCCAGAAUAUGGCUCUGGACUUUUUCCCCCCAGUAGCCUCUUAGGAGGAUCGCCAACCGGCUUUGGGUGUAAAUCGCGACCAAAAGCACGGUCAAGCACAGAAGGCAGGGAGUGUGUAAAUUGUGGGGCUACCUCAACCCCUCUGUGGAGAAGGGACGGCACUGGGCACUAUUUGUGUAACGCCUGCGGACUCUACCACAAAAUGAACGGGCAGAACCGGCCCCUGAUCAAACCCAAGAGAAGACUGUCUGCAGCCAGGAGGGCGGGCACGUCCUGUGCAAACUGUCAGACCACCACUACCACCCUGUGGAGGAGAAAUGCCAACGGCGAUCCCGUCUGUAAUGCCUGUGGGCUCUACUACAAGCUGCACAAUAUUAACAGACCCCUGACUAUGAAGAAAGAAGGAAUUCAGACCAGAAACCGAAAGAUGUCUAGCAAAUCCAAAAAGUGCAAAAAGGUCCAUGACAACCUCGAAGACUUUCCCAAGAGCAGCUCCUUUAACCCCGCAGCCCUCUCCAGACACAUGUCCUCCAUCAGCCACAUUUCACCCUUCAGUCACUCCAGCCACAUGCUGACCACACCGACACCGAUGCAUCCUCCAUCCAGCCUCUCCUUCGGACCUCACCACCCCUCCAGCAUGGUCACUGCCAUGGGUUAGCAAGAGACUCCCCUGCUGAAUGCUUACAGUCUCAAAAUGAGAUUUACUUUAUAUACUACUUGCAUUUUUGCAGGCGCGUGGUUAUGGGUCUGACGUCCCGAAUCAAACGGGAGAGGGAAAAAAAAAGAGUUAAAAAAAAUUAAAAAAAAAAAGGUUAUUUGAAGGCGUAAGAGAGAGAGAAAAAAAAAUUAAAAAUGCAGAAAAAAACUACAAAAAGUAUAAAAAA